AUGAUUAAAUUGUUCGAAAGUGUAAAACACACCUUAAAAUAUGCUGAAGCAAGGCCAACAACACCAGAUUCCGUCGCUGAGCGAAUUAUUUCAUUCAUGAGCAAAUCCAAGCCAUUAGAGGGCAGUAGAUAUGCGAAAAUGGUGGAUGUUGGUUGUGGUAAUGGUCAAUCUACCUCCAUUUUUGCUCCCUACUUUAAAAGUGUAGUAGGAAUGGACACAAGCGAAAACCAAAUUGCUUUUGCAAAGAAGAUGAACAGUAUUGAUCAUAUUGAGUACCUGGUUGGGAACGGAGAAAGUCUUCCAUUUGAAGAUGCAGAGUUGGAUCUUGUAGCAAGUGGGCUAGCUGUACACUGGAUGGAUUUGGAUAGAUUCUUUGGAGAAUGUAGGAGAGUCUUAAAACCAGGGGGAUGCAUCCUGCUUCAUGGAUACAAAGAUCCAGAAGUCCGGAUGGUGGGAAUGGAAGUGGAUAAAGUUAAGAGGACUGAAGAAGAAGUUGAAAGAUUGCAGAGGAAGAUGCACGAACAGUGCACGUUCAAUCCAAAGGUAAAGCAUGUGAAUGACGGGUAUUUGGAAAUAUUUGAUAUUCUGAAAAGUGAUGAUAAAGUAAGAGAAGAUGGUAACAUUGUAAUAGAGAGGUACUGGACUCUUGAAAAAUUAGAGGCAUAUUUUCAUUCAAUGUCAGGAUACCAAACUUAUAUUGAAGAUAAAAAGAAAGAACUUAUGGAAAAGUACGGGAACAUUGAUGCAUUGGAGGAACAUGAUAUAAUGAAGUGGUAUAUUGAUGGGGUUAAAAAAGUUUGGAACGUGGAAACUAAAAACAAUUCCCAGAUUCCAUUGCAUGUUACUUUUGAUGUGUUUAUGAUAUUGUCUGGAAUCCCAAAGAAUUAA